GUUCGUGUUCACUCAAAGGUCGAGCUGGAGACCAACGUGUUAUCCAGAUACACGCACGUUUCCUUCCGCCAACCGCAGUGACUCGUAAUCGUAGCGACGAUUAGAGUUCGACGAACCGGUGUGAUAGCACGAGAAGGUCGCGUUCGCGAUAAGCCAAUAUACAGUUAUCAAGUGAAGUUUUGAUUGUGCCGCAAGAAAAAAAGGAUUAAUCAUGCAGAUGCACGAGCAGAUUAUCAUAGCCGAUGGGCAGGAACAGCCGAUCUCUAGGACAUAUCAGUAUCGAAAGGUGAUGAAACCGAUGUUGGAACGCAAACGUCGAGCGCGUAUCAAUCGCUGCUUGGACGAGUUGAAGGAUCUAAUGGUGACCGCGCUGGCCGGUGAUGGUGAGAACGUAGCGAAGUUGGAGAAGGCAGAUAUUCUGGAGUUGACGGUGCGUCACUUGCACAAACUUCAGCGUCAACAACGUCUCUCGGCGAAUCCGGUGAUCGACGCAGACCGCUUCCGUGCCGGCUACACACACUGCGCGAACGAAGUCAGUCGCUGCUUAGCAGCCACUCCUGGCGUUGACGUUGCCCUUGGCACCAAACUGAUGACACAUCUCGGACAUAAACUCAACUCUAUGGACAAAACCGGUCCGUUGACCAUCCACGUAACCGCGCCACAGUCCUCGCCAUCACCCACCAGCGAACUCAGCGCCGAUGAGUAUCCGAUGCCGUUGACGCCAGCGUCCAGCCAACCAUCCCCGGUACGAACCGACAUCGAUACUGUCUCCCAGAGCCACCAGGGUCUCCUGCAGGUAGCUAAGCCGAACGAACCCAUCUGGCGGCCCUGGUAAACUUCUGC